GAGGACAUUUGGAAGGAAGCAUUUCCGGUCGGCACGGAGUGGGACCAGUACGACAAAGUGUACGAGAUUGACUGGGACUUCUCAAACCUCGAUGAGGCGUUUGAUGAGGGCGGCCCGCUGCACGACAAGCGGGUCUACCUCUUUGGAUGCACAGAACCACAGCUGGUGCACUGGAAGGGCAAGGACAAGGUGGUGCACGUGCCAGCAGUCGUCGCGGUGUUAUCACCAUUCGCGCCGUCAGACAAGCUGGGGAUCAAGUCAGUGCAGAUGGAGACAGAGAUGAUCGUGCCGAUGCGCGAGAUGAAGAUGGACUGGAUUCCCUAUAUACCCGAUACCACUGGCCGAGGGUCCGACCUAAGGCGGCACCGGUCGAAUAUAUUCACUCUCAAGUGCAUACAACGCAGGGCGGGGUUGAGGCAGAUGAAGCAAGAGCGGGUGAAGAAGUUUGAGUACUGCUUACCAUACAUAUUCCUACCGCACAUGCAGGAGGAGCAGGAGGGGGACACGGUGGUGUCUAUCAUGUAUCCCUUUGAAGGAGAGAACCCACCUCCCCCGCUGCUGGCGGAGUAUGACUGGGAGAUGGACGAGUACGAGGAGUUCACAGACAACCUCAUCAAGGACGAGUCGCUACCAGAAGCGGAGAAGGCCAAGUUCAUUGAGUAUGUGAAGAAGGAGGUGAAGGAGGCCAAGCUUAAGGCAAAGAAGGAGCGGGAGGAGCGGAAGAAAGCGAUAGAGGACAUGGGGGAGGAGCGCCUGGAAGCACUCAAGAACCUCCGGUUCCUCAAGUUCUACCCCAAGCAGAGUGAAGACACGCCCGAUAUUUCCCAGUUCAAGGCCAACUACAUCAACCGAUAUUACGGCAAGGCUCAUGAGUUCUCCUACCCAGCCGUCGCUCUUGCUCCCAUCCCGCCGUAUCCUCUCCCUUACUACCCGCCUUCACCUCUACUUUUCACCUCACGGUCACUCAGUCCCACCCCGCGAUCUCCUCUUCCUUACCUCCCCGCCGUCGCCUCUCCCUCCUCCCCGCCGUCGCCUCUCCCUCCUCCCCGCCGUCGCCUCUCCCUCCUCCCCGCCGUCGCCUCUCCCUCCUCCCCGCCGUCGCCUCUCCCUCCUCCCCGCCGUCGCCUCUCCCUCCUCCCCGCCGUCGCCUCUCCCUCCUCCCCGCCGUCGCCUCUCCCUCCUCCCCGCCGUCGCCUCUCCCUCCUCCCCGCCGUCGCCUCUCCCUCCUCCCCGCCGUCGCCUCUCCCUCCUCCCCGCCGUCGCCUCUCCCUCCUCCCCGCCGUCGCCUCUCCCUCCUCCCCGCCGUCGCCUCUCCCUCCUCCCCGCCGUCGCCUCUCCCUCCUCCCCGCCGUCGCCUCUCCCUCCUCCCCGCCGUCGCCUCUCCCUCCUCCCUGCCGUCGCCUCUUCCUCCUCCCCGCCGUCGCCUCCGGCGACAGGUGCACGAGCGCAAGCGCGAGUUGGUGCACGAUCGCGGAUUGGUGCGCGAGCCCGGGUUGUUUUCUGAGUUACUGUGGUUAUCUGGUGCGUUCCCGGUCCUUUCAUCCUCCCUCCUCCCUCUGA